AUGACUUCGAAAGUUUUGACCCAGCAAGAGUUAACAGAUUUUGUUUCAUCCUGCGAGAAAACAUUGAAUAAAAAUGUGUUGACCUCUGGCUCUGUGGCAGUGUUGAGUUCAAGGCAUCCAUGGUGUAGUGCUAGUAAUCACAGCCUUAAACGUGGGGCCAUCAACGGUUUCGAUCUAUCUACAGCAAAAAACUGGUGCGCUGACAAGCCUUGUGGCCCCAAUAGGAUCUGCUACUCUGAUAUUGAAGGCUAUGUCUGCAAGUGUGAAGCCCCUAGGACAGGCCCUGAUUGUGAAUUACCGAGUCCGAUCAGUCAUUUAUGUGUACAAGCUGUUGAAUAUGCCUGGGGAUGGUGGGGACAAUGGUCAGAUGAGUGCAGACGAUGUGGCUCGUGCAGAAGACGAAGAACCAGACGGUGCUUCAGCUUCGGUUCACCAGAGCUGUGCGAACCCCCGGGGGGUGGUCCAGUCGAGGGCAGUGUGGGAGAGGACACGUACUACAGGGACUGCAAUAAAGAUCAGCUGGUUGCCUCAACAUGGUUGGUGUGGGGUGAGUGGUCUGCGUGCUCUGGUCCGUGCUCGGGCCUACACGUGAGGUCACGUGUCUGUGAGAACCCCAGACCCGAGUAUUAUGGAACAUUCUGUGCUGGUCAAAGCUAUGAAACCCUUAGAUGUGACUCUACGUGCCCAGACAGACCGCUUGUUGAUGGAACUUGGGGCGACUGGUACAACUGGACCGGAUGUUCUGUGUCGUGUGGACCUGGGACUAUGCUGAGGCGGAGAGAGUGCGUGGGAGACAGGGGGGAGAGGGGCUUGCACUGUGAGGGUGCUGGUCAUAAGGCUGUCUCCUGUACUGAUGCAGAGUGCAGAAAAAUCAUCACCUGGGAACCUUGGCUACAGUGGGCGGAGUGUAUGAACAUGGAUAGUGUUCUACAGAGAAAGAGGAUUAGACACUGUUCUGCGCCCUACCCUCCAGUAGAUGAGGCCUGCAUUGGGUCUCCAGAUAUGUGGGAGACAUGCCAUGAAACAAAAUUUAACUGGCUGUUUCCCAUUCUAAGCGCUCUUUUCCUGGCUCUGAUGCUGUUUGUAGUAUUCUUGUUGUAUGCCACAUGUAGGCCGAAAGAAUCUGUGAGAAACGUGGUUGUGGACAACCCGGCGCCAGCCCACACAACCAGCACCAACAACCCUAAGGUCACCUUAGGGACACUAGAAGAACCUGACCAGUCCAGCGCUCUUUGA